CAGACAGCACCAGUGCAGAACUCAAGCAGCAACUGCUGGGAAAGUGCCACAAAAGACUAGUCCCGCAGAAACCUCGCCAGCUUAGGAGUGCACUGAGGAUGUUGUCUGUGUCGGAACCUAUUCUCUUGACGUCCUCAGGCCUCGCAUGAGAAGAAUGACCAACUUUUCUCGAGUGCAAGACCAGGCUUCAAAGUGCAUUGCCAAGUUGGAAGAGUUUUCAGGUGUAGACAAAAGUAUGAUUGAAAAUAUUAUGCAGUACGCCAAACAGCUGAUUAGAGAGGAACAUGGAGAAAUAGACUCGUUUAUUUUCAUGUCCCAGAUGGCCAAACAGUUUGAGAUCUACUCUUCAACAUUACUGAUAUCGAUGUAUGAAAGUAUAAAAAGGCCCAAAGCUUCUGGCCUGAGCGUGGAAGAUUUCUGCAAAUGUCUUUGUGUUUUCCUGAGCGACCGGACGGACAUCAAAGCAGAAUUUGUGUUUCGUGUGUACGACAGCAACAAGGACGGAGUUUUAAGUAGAUACGAGGUGCAGCAACUCUUAAAGACCUGCAUAGUCAACAAGGACAACAACGAACAGGACAUGCACGACGACGUGGAGGAAGGUGUCCAUGAGCUGAGCGAGAUCGUGUCCAAAAUGCUGAACGUGGACAAUCAAGGCUUGAUCCACAUGGAACAGUUCAGGAAAAUGGCGAAAGCCAACUCCAUGUACAUUGAAUUGCUAGGACGGUGCUUGCCUUCAGAGAAGUCAUUACAAAGGUUUAUCGCCAGGCUGUCGGGCAAAACACCGUACGAGAUCCGGGACGAGUUCAAGGACGAGACACUGGAGACACUGGAUGGACUUAGGAAAGGGUCAGUCGUGGCGAAGAAAGAGACCACACUUUAUCCCAUCAACCUGGACAUGCCCUAGGGCACGCGCAGGCACCACGGACCAAGGAAGAUCCCAACGAACAGUAUCAUGACUAAUAGAAUCCUACCACAUGUAUCAUGCUAAGUGUAUCAUAUCUUCUGUAACAAAUGAACAAAACACGCAAGUCUAUU